UACACACACACACACACACACACACACACACACACGUGCCCACUCACUCACAUGUCUUGCCUCCCUCCCAAUACUCGGCGGUUUCCUUCAGUCCCGUCCUCCCGGCGUACUGUGACUGAGUGAGGACAGAUAUGCCGGGGCAGCUAAUGGCGUUAAGGGUGAUGUACAGUACUGUGCACCUCAGGGAUGGUCGACGAGUGCCUACGCCAGUCUUGCAGCUUGAGCUAUUUUGAUCCGAGUCCGUGUGCCGACCCUCCCUCCCUCCCUCGGUUAUUUCCACCUUGCAUCAUUUAUUCACAGCCGGGAGAGAUUGUCUGAGCUGGGGGCGAAACACAAGCUGCUGGAGUGAACCCUGAGCUUUGUGUGACAGGACGACAGCGCGAGGGAGUGAGGGGAGUGAGGGGACAGAAUAGGACGCUGGGAUUGUGAAGUCAUCGCGAGUGGAAGGUGUUCAGAAUGUGAGAAUUGUCCUGAGUCUCUCGUGCGGACACCGAGGCUGGCUGGCUGGUGGCUGGUGGCUGCGCAGGGUGGCGGCUGAACGAGGAUACCCACAGCGCAGGUCCAUACGGAGGUUGCCAAGUUACAGAUCAGUGGAGGCUGAAUGUGGUCUGUCUGGAGGCGCCACAGUUUUCAUCAGGAGCGCGGGAGGCAAGGACACAGACACACGGACAUACAGACACCGGCAACGGGCGCUGACUCUCUCGUAUAAACGCAAUGACGUCUAUCAGCUGAUCCCGCUGCCUUGAUCCUGACGUGUGCUGAUCCAGUGGUGUGCUGAGUGUCUCCUGCCUCAAGUGUCCAGCGCACCUGUGUUUACCUUAAUAAGUGCUGCUUGCUAAGUGUCCAGAUUGUGAGCAUUUCAAGUAGUGGUGAAGUGUCGGCGUGGUGACAAACAAGAGUGACUUUUGUAGGGCAAGGAGUGGCAAGAUGGCGGCGUGGUGGAGUCGUGGAGUGAAGCCAGAUGCACAAUACAGAUAAGGAACUGACAGAGACACACAGACAGACAGACAGUGAGAGAAAAUGAACUAGAUAUUAAUAAAAGAAAAAAAAAAAAAAAAAGGACUUGUUGAUUUGUAAACAAGCUGGAAAUAUAAUAAAAGAAAGAAUAAGAGAAAUAAAACUUGAUAACUGAUGAAAGAAAUGAAAAAAAAGUGUGAUAGAAUACAGAAAAGAUUAAAGAUAAAUGAGAGAAGAAAAUUUAUGAAAGAAUAAGUGAAGAAAUUUAUAAAAACUAAAUAAAUAAAUAAAAAAUCAAGAUGGCGGCCUUUGAGAGCUGUUAUUGCUGCAGUCUUCGAGCGGGGUCAGCAUUCAUCGGCUUCCUGGGACUGCUGGCCAGUGUCGGCGGCGCAGCGUUGUGUGUGUUGGUGGUGACGGCAGAGGACUUGGGACAGACCCUGCAGACAGCUUACAACACCUACUAUGACCUGGAGAACCCUAUCAAGGUGUACGGACCUAAUGGAACAAUCUCAGGACCUCGUGAUCUUAAUCUUGGUGACCCGGAGCUGAUGUAUGUGGAGCUUGCAACUAUAUGUACUCUUGUGGUGAUGUUCCUAUGCUCUGUGGUGAACGCCCUGCUCAUCAUUGGUGCCAUUAGGGAGGUACCGUGGAUGAUGCUUCCCUGGAUGGUGGUGCAAUGGGUCAUCAUCCUCAUCACCAUCACUAUAUUUGGCCUCGUCCUUUGGCACGAGUUGGUGUCCAUGCCGAGGUACUGGUGGGCGGUGAUGUUCAUGGUGGCGGUGGUGAUCUUAAUGGUGUUGUCCUUCGUGUUGGUGUUGUCACUAUACCAGAGCGUGAAGGAAAGAGAGGCGCCGGAGUUCUACCAAGGAGCUGCUUUGGUGCACCGCCACAUCUGGCUGUCACAAAAAGGCAAAUACUACGACUAGCAUUGCGAACCCUGCUGGCGGGCGGCGUGGGCGGCUGGCCGUCGCCCCCGCACCCACCAGCAGCAGCAGACGCCCACGCCCUCGCCAGGGAGCAGGGGGCUGCGCAGCCGCCGCUUUAAGAAGUUCAGCUUGCGGCGCCUGAGGUCCGGGGAGGGCAAGCGUGUGCCGCCGCAGCUGUCCCGCGGCCUGGGGCUGCUGGCCAAGUCCCCGAGCUUCGAGCUGCGCGACAAGCCUGACUUCCCCUCGCCCCUCGGCAAGCCAAGACAGCACCCACAGCAGCAGCAGCAGCACCAGCAGCAGCACCCUCUCCUCCCCCCCCAGCAGUGGUCGCCGGGGUCGCGGGGUAAGGCCGAGCUGCCUGACCUGCCUGACGUGGCCAAGCCCCGCGUGCACUGGUCCAUCAGCCCCAGCGUGGGCAUCGCCACCAGCCCAGACCCAGACCUGCCCCAUCACCACCCACACCCCCACAUGUCUGGCCCGGACAUCACCAGGCCGCGCGUGCACUGGUCACCAAGCCCUGGCGACGCCAAGUCCCAUCAGCUGAUGCCGCUGCAGGUGCCCAAGGCCGUGCCGCUCAGCUCACCCAGCCCGCUGGCCCGCGACCACGCCCACCCGCACCCCACCGCCGGUGCCGCCGCUGCCGCCAGGUCACCGCGCUCCCCCAGUCACCGCGGGGGUGUGGGCGUCGGCGCGGGCGUGGGAAGAGCACGGCAUGACCUGCAGGAGCAUCAGCACCAGCAGCCUGACGUCACCAAGCGCCACCACCCAGAUAAACACACGCCCGUCACCUCCUCGCGAUAACCACGCACGCAUACGCACACACACACACACACACACACACACACACACACACACACACACACACACAGCUGGCCCCCCCUCCUUACAUCCCCCUCAGCAUCGCGGCUCAUCAAGGUGUGAUCUCAUCCGCCCAAAAAUAAUUAAGCGUCGUAAAACAAAAUUGCGUGGCGAGGCAGGAACCUUUGGUGGCUUGUUGGCCCUUCCUUGUUGCUCUGUUUGUUUAUUCAUUGCGUGAAGACCGACACCAAAGCGAUUGUAAAGCUGCGGCCAACUUGUCCCCCUUGCACACACACGCACACUCACACACACACGCACAGACACACACACAGCGGGGAGGUUUGGCUGAAGGAAUCAAGAAUGCAUCGCCACGGAAGAUAAUAACAUGACAACAUCGCACUAAAAUGAUAAGAGAAAAUUUAAUGAGAGUGAAGAAAGCGAGUAGAAUUGGCCCGUCCAGUCACUAAACACUGCGAGGGAGGUGCGAGAGAACACGAGAACGAAGAAUAAGGGAAACUGCAAGAAGCCAUCAGGCAUAACCGUGGCAGUCCUUGUAUAUAACACGCAUAUAACCAUUUCCACCUACCACCCUCACCCAUGAAAUAUCUAAUCUGAAACUCUACAACGGUGUACUGUGUCUAUUUCAUUCAUCUACUUGGAAACUAAUACCUUCAAAUUAACUCAAGCUAGAACCCAUUGCUUCCUCUCCUAUCUUGACUGAAAGGAAGAAAUAUUAAUGGUUCUAGUAUGAUAAAAUUAAGGAAGGGAAGAAAUAGGAAGCGCAUUUCAGAACCAGUACUUUCUUUUUCUUUUCAACUUAACUCAAGCUAGAACCCGUUACUUCCUGUCCUAUCUUGACUGAAAGGAAGAAAUAUUAAUGGUUCUAGUACGAUAAAGUUGGAUUUGAAAGGGAAACUGUAAGAGAUACAUAUUUGAGAACUGACCCCCUUUCUCUUCAAAUUAACCCAAGCUAGAACCCGUUACUUUCUGCCCUACCUAGAUAAAUGAAAGGAAGAGAAAUUAAUGGUUCAAGUAUUAUAAAGUUAGGAAAGGAAAAAUAUAGGAAGCAAAUUUCAGAACCAGUACUUUCCUCUCUCUUUUCAAAUCUACUUCCUGUCCUAUCUUGACUAACAAGACGAAAAUUUAAUGGUUCUAGUAUGGAGUUAGAUUUAAAAGAGAUGUUGGAAGCGUAUAUCUCAGAACUAACACCUUCUUGUCUCUUCAUUUUAAGCGCUAAAACCCACCACUUCCUGUCCUGUCUAGAUAACUGACAGGACAAAAUAUUAAAGGUUCAAAUAUGAUAAAGCAUUGAAAGGGAAGAUGUAGGAAGCGCAUAUUUGAGAACCGAUCCUUUCUGUCUCUCCAGCUUAAGAAGAACCCACAACUUCCUGUCCUGUCUAGAUAACUGAUAGGACAAAAUAUUAAAGGCUCAAGUAUGAUAAAGUUAGAUUUGAAAGGAGAGUUAUAGGAACCACAUAUUUGAGAACUGAGAACCAAAAACCUAUUACUUUCGCUCCCAUCUUACCUGACGGGGCAAGAAAUUAAGGGUUCAAGCAU